UGAUUACACGGGGGUCAGGAUUUCUGUUUUUAAUAUUUCGGUGGCUUUCAGGACCUGCGUUCCUCAGUGACGUCAAACUCAGGCGCUGCAGCGAGCAAGGAAAGUCGAGAGUCUCUGAACCAGGCUUUUGUCCAUUAUCCCGUUAUGGGGGACAUGAAGACCCCAGAUUUCGAUGACUUGUUAGCAGCUUUUGACAUUCCGGACAUUGAUGCCAAAGAGGCAAUCCAGUCUGCCCCCGAGGAAGCAGAAGGGCACCAUGGUGGAGCUGCAGGGGGUGUGGGGAAGUCAGGCAGCAGUGGGACAGGAAGUGGAGGUCCUUCCCUGAGACCCACCAGCCCUCCGGACCAUCAGCACCACCCUCAAACCCUGGCUCUUUCCUCCCAGGGUGAUCCCCCUGUUGUCAGUGUAAUUGUGAAGAACAGGGUGCGUCCUGACGUUUUUGGAGAGCCGGGAGUAGACUUGGAUAAAGAGGGCCAGGGCAGCAGUGCAGAAGUUGGGCCAGGGAAUGGGGUGGCAGGAGCUGCCAUGGGCACCCGGCCCAGAAUUCCAGGAAUGGUCCCGUCAGAACCACUCGUCCAUAAUGGGUUCGAGGCCACGGCAGCUUCCAGUGACCCUGCCUUGCGUCAGGCUCAGACCCAGUCUAACGGGGAAAUAUGGCCUCCCUGUUCUCCAAAAACCGCCAGUGAGGGAGGGGGCAAUGGGCUGGGUGUGGAAUCGGCCAGCAUCGGCAAACACGGCACCAAUAUUUUCAGCAGACUGAAACCCCUCAUGGGUCCAGGAGAUCCUGUAGGCAAGGCCAGGAAAAUGCUGCAUUUGCAGCAGCAGCAGCACGAAGCCGGCCUGGAAGGGCUAGACCCAUCCAAAACUCUUGGGACUUCCGACAGUGCUUCCUCUCACGCUGCUGUGUCAGCUGGGAUCCCGUCAGCUUUCUUUCCGGCCCCCUUGCCUGUGCUUGCCACCCCCUCCUCCUCCCACCCAAUCAGCCCCUGUCUCUCCCAGUCCUCUCUGAACGUGGUGGCUUCUCACCCAUCUGGGACAGUCUCUUCACCCAUGGUACCCACCUCUCAGCCUUUUAAUGGCCAAGGGGUCGUAUUCCGUCACUUGGAGUCAGAUGACGAGGACUCGGACCCCGAUUUUGGGAGUCCGUUGGUGAUCCAAGAAAGCCCUGAUUCCCCAGCUUGCACUCCUCCAAAAUUCCCCCGCCGCCAUCAUUCGCCUCCCAGAAUCUUCAACUCUCACCCAGCUCCCCCGACUUCCGCUUACACCAAAACGGGAGACGUCGCCCCAGCACCCUCCUCGCCCUCCGCGUCCACCUGCCCCCAGGCCUCCCAGAGCUGGCUCCCCUCACCCCACACCAGAAGCCCUGCUCACGGGGACCGAAGUCUGGAGCAUGUGAUUGAGGAGCGGGACUCGCCUGAAAGUCCAGAGCCUGAAGCCCCUCGUUCUGCGGUCUCCCCAGGCUUGGUGUCCUCAUCCCUGAAAAGAAGCUUGAGCCCAGCUGUGGCCUCCUCUCCACUGCCCACCACCCUCCAGGGCUCUGUGGAGAGGGGGAUGGAGGGAGUUAAAGAAGCAGGGGAGGCCCUCGGGAGCAAGGCCGCCAGCAAGCUCAACCCAGAGAGAGAGCUAGAGCAGGUUAGUGGGACAGAAGAUGAGAAGAUGGAUGUGGAUGAUGGAGAGAAUAUUGGGAGGGGGGCUGCUACCAGAGGUAAGCCUUCAUCUGCAGUUACCGUUCCCACAACUGUCACUUCCACAACCACUGCGACUGCUGCUUCCUCCAGGCCUCUCAAAGUCCGCAUCAAGACGGUCAAGAGCUCCACGGGGGGCAUCACCAGAACAGUGACAAGGGUUGCAGCUAAAGGGGCAGGGUCUGCAGUUUCCAAGGAUACAUCCAAAGCUCAGUCGGCAGGGCCUAAAGGUGCCAACAGGCCCAAGAAAACUAUUACCCCAUCCUCUACUGGUCAAGCGGUUGGUUCCCAGCAGCAUUUCACCAAAGGCAGCAUCCUGCCGGUAUCAACUAUCCAGGAUGCCAGUACUGCCAUGCUUAUGGCAGCCAGCAAGGCCCAAAACAAAAUGGCAACCUCUUCAUCUGAAAAGUCCAAGGUCUCCACUACAGCUGUCAACAUCACCAGAAGUGCAGCUCUCCCUUCCAUCUCAUCGUCCUCCUCCACUGCUGCCGCCUCCCCAAAAUUUAGCCCGGGGACCAGUGGGGUUGGUGUGCGCACCGUAGGACAGAAAACGGUCAAUGGGGCCACUGUCACGGUUCCAGUGUCGCAGGCUUCCAAGCCGGUCUCCAUCGUAAACAGCACCGGCGCCGUCAUCUCCCGCACCCAGUCCACCCUUGUGGAGGCCUUCAACAAGAUCCUCAACAGCAAGAACCUUCUGCCCAGCUACCGGCCCGACCUCUCGACCCCGCUGCCCCCCGAGUGGAGCCUCCCGCUGCCCGCUAAUGGCUACCGCUGCCUGGAGUGCGGGGACGCCUUCGCCCUGGAGCGCAGCCUGGCCCGGCACUACGACCGGCGCUCGCUGCGCAUCGAGGUCACCUGCAACCACUGCGCCAAGCGGCUGGCCUUCUUCAACAAGUGCAGCCUGCUGCUGCACGCGCGCGAGCACAAGGAGCGCGGCCUGGUCAUGCAGUGCUCGCACCUCGUCAUGCGCCCCGUCUCCAUCGAGCAGAUGAUCGGCCAGCAGGACACCACGCCCAUCGGCAUGCUGUCUCCUUCCCUGUCCUCUCCUGCCACUGCCCCAGCUGCGACUGCGGUGGCCCCUGCGGCCCCCAGCCUAUCAAAGGAAGACCAGGCCACCCAGCCAAGCUCGGCCCGCCGGGCCCUCGAUAGCCCCCAGGUCCUCCUGCCGCUGCCCUGCAAGAAGGGGGAAAUGCUGCAGUACCAUAACUUCAAGUGCCCAGAGUGCCGCACCCAGUUUGGGGGGAAGACAGAACUGGUGGCUCACUUCCAAGAGGUCAAAGCCGCUUCCACUACUACUUGCAUGCUGUGCUCUCCGGCCAUGAUGCUGCCCAAUUCCUGCAGUGCUGCAGCGCACCAGCGCAUCCACAAGCACCGCUCCCCACACGUGUGCCCCGAGUGCGGUGGCAUCGCACGGCCCGCCAGCUUCCAGACCCACCUGGACGAGGCCUGCCUGCACUUCUCCCGCCGCAUCGGCUACAGGUGCUCCAGUUGCCAGGUUGUGUUUGGUGGCCUGAACUCCAUCAAGUCACACAUUCAGACGGCUCACUGCGAGGUCUUCCACAAGUGCCCAAGUUGCCCCAUGGCUUUCAAAUCUGCCCCCAGCGCUCACUCCCACAUCAGCACCCAGCACCCUGCCCUGGGAACCCCGCAGGCCAAGAUGAUAUACAAGUGCGUGAUGUGUGACACGGUCUUUACCCAAAAGCCCUUGCUCUACGUCCAUUUCGACACUCACCUGGCCAAGCAGAAGGUGCACGUCUUCAAGUGUCCCGACUGCACAAAGCUGUAUGCACAGAAAGGCUCCAUGAUGGAACAUAUCAAAGUGGCUCACAGGGGCCAGUCCAAACAGGAAGUCCCAGACGGUGUUUCCAGCCCAGCUUCCCAGGCUCCGCCCUCCUCUCUCCCCAAAUCCAAGUCCUCCGUGAAGACGGAGAGCUCAGACGGAGAGGAGUGGUCCGGGGAGCAGGAGGAGGAGGAGGAGGAGGGGGAACAUGCGGAGGGGAAGAAGGACACCGAUGUCUCCUCUGGUGGUGCUGAGGCCGGCCCUGGGGAGUGGAGAGAGGGUGCCAGACAUGCUGCACAGAGGGGGGCGACUGUACCUCCCACAUGAGGAAGGAGCACGGCCACCAGGGGGCGUCAUGCCAGCUGCAUCUCCUUCAUUUUGGGACUUUGAUCAUUUAUUUAUUUUGUUCCGUUUUCAUUUGUUUCAGCCAACGGUAUUUUACAAUUUUCUUUUGUGCAUUUUGUGACAUCCGCCACAAAAAUUUCCUGUGAUUUACUGUUGGAUUUUUCUCUGUCCUGUAUGACACUUUCUUUUCUUUCUUUUAUUUAAAAGGAAAGUUGUAAACCCCAGAAAUACAGUACACAUAUGCUGGCGAAUGCACUUUGACUGUCUGACCCAGCCCGUGAAGAACUUCCUGCGUGUGCUCUCCUUCAGCUCUGCCUGCAGGUGGCACCACCACACUCAGGCCAUCCGCCCGGGCCUCAGGAGAGUCUUCCAGCGCCCUGUUACAGCGGAGUGACGCGCGCGCGCACACAGACGCGUUUGCUCUCUCUCUCUGACACUCAAUGGCGAAGGAACAGCGUUGGUCAGCAGCUGGGCGGUUUUGGAGGAGCACCUGCUGGUGCAACACUGAACCCAGGACCAGGCGUCCCCGCAGCCUGUGAAUAGCUAGGUCCAAACCCCCUUUGUCUAACCUUAAAUAUGAACAGGCCAGAUCAUGUUGGAGGGUUUUGAGAAUUCUGGAGCAUAGCGUGUGAUUUGAGUGUGCAACCCAAAGGCUGCUGGUUGCAGCGUCAGUCCCCAGGUGGGUUACAUGACAUUAUGAACCUGGAAUUCUUCCAUAAAUAUGGCAGCUGUGGAAGCAGACAGGCAAGUGUUAGUCCACUGGUCUGUGAUCUUCAGUCUCUCCCUCUCUCCUACCUGCUCUGCUGACUGAAGCUCCCUUUCUCAGUAUUGGAGCGUGUUAGCAGCAGUUUCACUGGAGGGGCGAUAACACUAAAAUAUCAGUGCAAUUCUGGACAGAAGGGAACAAUCCAACUUGAGAGCCCAGCUGAACACACGCAGGUUAGGGGUGGCAUGGCAGAGGGCUUGUUGAUGGGUGGGGCGGGGUGACCAGAAUGCAUUACAUUUGCAUUACGGUUGUCUCACUUUGAAAUGGCGGUUUAUACGCUUGGUAAUUCCUGUUUCUUAUGCUGCCCCCUGAAUUCUGAAUUCCUUUUCUCUUCCCUGUUGUUUUUGGACCUUACAACUCUACAUUUACUGUAAACUGUACUGCAACACUAACCCACCUGAUCCAGCAUGUAAAUGGUUGGCAUUUAUGUAGCGCCUUUAUCCAAAGCGCUGUACAAUUGAUGCUUCUUGUUCACUCAAUUAUACACACACUCGCACACCAACGGCCAUUGGCUGCCAUGCAAGGUGCCAACCAGCUCAUCAGGAGCAUUUGGGGGUUGGGUGUCUUGCUCAGGGACACUUCGACACACCCUGGGCGGGAUCAAACCGACAACCCUCUGACUGCCAGACGACUGCUCUUACCGCCUGAGCCACUGUCGCCCCAUGUGCAUGUGUUUUCUGUAAUGCACUAUAUUGGCCCCAGUGUGUUGCUGCUGCUCAGACUGUUAUUUGAGGGUAAUGGUACUGUCAGUUUAUAUAUAUUUUCAAACGUGAAGUUGAAAUACAUGAUACAUUUUGUCAAACUGACACAGCUGCAUUAAAUGAGGUUCUGCAACAAGAAAGGAGCAAACUGGUAUGGACUAGUGUUAGUGUUUAUAGUUUUUGGUGUUCAUGUUUUGGCUGUAAACAGAGGAAGGCGGUAUCCCUUGUACACGGCCUCCCUUACAGACUCUGGAGUGAACACCUCCUGCAGUAACACAAGGAGGACCUUACCAUGAGGAGUUACAUCCGUUGGAACAGUGCCUGUUAAGGUCCUUUUUUUUACCUUUUCUUUUUAUUUUUUUAAACACUCCUAUGUCUUGGGCUAAAUUCACCAAGUUGACCCUUGGGUUGCAAGUGAAAAAUUGUGAUUUUGUGAUUUGUGAGUUUCAGACACUAUUGCGUGUGGCAACGCUGCGUUCAUGUAGGACUAAUAACUAGAGGUAGUAAUAUCCAAGAAAUGCAUAUUUUUUUUAAUUGUGUGGUUUUGGAAUGUAUAUGCUGGUUGUAAAAGUUAUUUGUACUUCAACCAACAUACAAAAUCUCUUGCCUGAAAAUGACAUAUUAAUGCCACUGUAGCAUAAGUGUUGAUUUGCCUGUAUGUGUCAGUAUACCUGUAUACACACAAAAACAUCAAAAUGUUUUAAGUGAAUUAAUUAAUAUUCUAAUUAGAAGUCCCAGUGAAAGUUUCUGUCUUUCGAUUACUGAGUUGGUCUUUUCAAGGAUUCCAUAUUCCCACAAGUGAAGAAUUUUGUUUCCCAGUUUUGUGUACAUUUUUGUAUAGAAUGUUUACGGAAGGGGUGUGGUUAAUUGUGAAUUGUGUUAACAAUGUUACCUUAAUGAACAUCCCUGUUCAGCCUGAACUGAAAAAAUCCCCACCCUCAUUUUUGCUUUUGUGCUAGAGGUACAACUGGCAAAAAAAUGUAAAUAUUGCAUAUUCACAAUCCUGAAAACUCCCCUAUUAGUUAAAUGGUUUGAGAAGAAAAUGAGUGUAAACAAGGGGAGGGUGAUGAGGGGUUGUAAUUGUAUAUUGUGAUUAAAUGAUUUGACAUUAGAUUAAAAUUAAGGUAUUAUUUAAUUGUUUGUUUUUUUUACAAAUUAUUUUCACUACACAACCAUAAUCACAGAAUCAGUCCUUGCCAUAUACAAUUUUAUAUUACUUAUAUUACCUGGUUUUAGUAAUAUGUGUCCCUGUCAAAUGAUAUUUUUUUUGUGUCUUUUUUUUUUACCUUAAGUCAUGUGAUGUUUAUAGAUAAAUAUGAAAUAUAUAAUUCAUUUUUUGUUUUUGUUUUUUGCCCUCAGCAGUGACUGACUGAGUAUAGAUCCGGGUGGUUUCUGAAAUAAAAUGUAAAAACACA